CUGUAUAAGGAGGUUGUGUGUUUUAACGUGUCCACGCUUGCCAAGCUGGAUUGCUUCUGAUGUAGCUUCAUCGUCUCGGACGCGAUUAUCCCGAACCCAAGUGAGUCCAUCAAGCUGCCGUACAGUUAAACUGGAACCUAUUACUAAGCAACCUGCAUGCUGUCAGCUAUGACUUCCACGGGAAACUUAGAAGACUGUUUGAGCGUAUGUUCUCAUCUCGCACGGCGUCGUGGGUUUGUACAGUGUUCAUCAUUCAGCUCACUUCUAGGCAAUCGUCACCUUGAAAAGGACGAAGAGAUUAAGAAGGCUCUAACACUAGCUGAGCAUAUCCAGAACGGUACGCCUCAGUUGUUUCAAGGGUGAGCUUGACUCACCUGGUCUUAGAAACCAUCGCUCUUUAUCGGCUGAAGAAGUACA